AUGGGUCAAGAAGAGUUAACAAUUGAACGAUUACAAUGUAUAUCACCUAUGUUUAAACCCAUCAAAUUCCGAAAUAACCAAUCGCGUCAUAUUGGGGUGAUGCUUCCACUUUUUUUCGUAAAAUCUGACUUUAAUAACUGGUUUACGAUUCACCCCAUUAAUUAUGAUCCAAAUGUGUGGCAUGUUGUACCAUUUGCAAUAAAUUUAAAUUUAAAUGUCAACAAAAAGCCUUUAGCUCUGCUAAGAAAUAACACUAUAAGUACUAAGGAUUGUUUGACAUUGAUUAGGCCAAAAAACAACCUCUGGAAGAAAGAAACCUAUUCACCACUGCAAGUUUCCAAAGUCAAGAAUUUCCCAAAACGAUUUUCAGGCCAAAAAGAAUUACCCAAUCAUAUUUUAAAUCAGUAUAACAGCUUAAAAUUAAGACUGCAAUUAGUAAUACCAAAGAACAAGGAAAUAGAUAAAUUUAGUCAUGACGUAAUAAUUCAUUUAGAAUUUCGAGAACCUUCAUUUACUCAACAACUUCCAGAGCCAUUAAAAGUACACAAAAAUCCAUUUGAAAGGCUGAAAAACUAA